UGUUCUUUACAGAUCUUCCUGCUUAUAUUGUAUUCGCUUUACCUGAUUGGAAUGUUACUUGGAUGCCGCGGAAUUACUGUUUGAUUAUCGAAAAUUUGUAGUCACAGUGGAAGACAGAAGCUGGUUGAAAUCUCCAUAUGCGGAAAUCGAUCGCCCGACAUGACAAUGAAACUCCACCGUGUGACGGUAUAAAGAGAUUGGAAAGAAAGGUGUCACCAGAAAAGGUCUCUUUCUGUCCUUACCAUCAUCACCUCGUCGGUUUGACGCGUGGACUUGCAAUUCGGUUCACUUCCACACUCGUUCUCUCUUUUCUCGCCCUCUUCUCUACCGCCGUCACCCAGACUUAUAAAGUCGCACAAGACCGCCUGAACUCUCGCCCAACGCCAGUACCACCACCAGCCAUGCCACCUCAUCGACCUCUGUCUCUCCCUCGAUACCGGCACUCUUCUUGGUCUGUCGCUGCUUCCCCUUGACAUUUUUGCUGGCCUAGGUCUAUGCUUGUGUCUUCAGGAUCUGGACAUCUUUUUGGACACCAAUGUCUCUGCGAACGUGACUAGUCUUCUCG